AUGUCUGAAGUGAAUAAGGAUGGAGUAAAUACAACUGGAUACGCUUUACCAAACAUUUCCCUAGAUGGAGAGGAAAAGAUUACUAAUAUGUCUGUAGAUCCUGAAAUCUUUGAAACAUUUCAAGGAUUUGUUGAGAGAGUUGCCCUUAUCUCAGUUUAUACAAGUGGUAAAGGUUCAUCAGCUGUGGAAGGUGGUGCAAUGGUUCUUGCUGGUGGUGGUGUUGUAUGCAUUGAUGAGUUCGAUAAAAUGAGGCCUCAAGACAGUGUAGCUAUUCAUGAGGCUAUGGAGCAAUAAAGUAUCAGUAUUGCUAAUGCUGGAAUCACUACAAUCUUGAAUUCAAGAACUUCUGUUCUAGCUGCAGCAAACCUAGUAUUUGGAAUAUAUGAUUUGAAGCAUACUGCAGAACAAAUUGAUUUGGAGAGUUUAAAUUUGUCUAGAUUUGACUGUAUUUUUCAUUAAUUACUAAGAAAAUAUAUAAUAUAUGCUAAAAAGAAGGUAUUCCCAAGACUUUCAGAAGAAGCUGGACAUAUGGUACAGGAUUUUUAUGUGUCAGACAAAAUGUAAUCUAAAGAUAAAAAAAUUCAAAAAAGAGCAGUGGAAUUCCAAUAACACUCAUAGAUUAUUUAAGAUCUCAACUUUGAAUGCAGCUCAAAGUGGUAUGGCUGCAAAGACAGUGAAACUCCAAUUGAAAUGAUGCCAAUGGUUAGAAAGAUUGAGGAGGCAAUAAAGAGAAGAGUUGCAAUUGGUACAAAAAUUUCAUAUCCAAAAUUGCAUUAAGAAAUUAUGCAAAAAUAUGAAAACGGUAAUGCAAUAGAUUAUGUAUGUUUCUAAAAUCGUUAUAAUUUUGUAAAGGCUAUUAUCAGUAUGAUCAAGAGAGAUGAAUUCUAACAUUAAGAGGAAAAAAAUUAUUGGCAAAGAAUAGAUGAAAUAUUUUUAAAAUCUACUCAAGCCUGA